AUGCUUAUACCCCAAAUCCAAAUCGGUCAAAUUGAUGCGAUAGCUGCAGGCAUGACACCCAGCCCAGAACGUGAAAAAAAUGUACGAUUCACUAAAUCCUAUCUCCAAGAAAAUCCAUUAGUUAUCGUAACUCGCAAAGAUCAACAACCUGCGAUUCAAACUACACAAGAUUUAAAAGGAAAAUCUGUUAUAGUUAAUACUGGCUAUGUUUCUGAUAGCUACUUAUCUAAAAUCCCAGAAAUACAAUUAAUAAGACUUCCAAAAGUCUCUGACGCUAUGAUAGCUUUAGAACAUAAAAAAGCAGAUGCUUUUGUUACCGCAAAUUUAACGUUAGAACCUUACAACUUGCAAAUAGGAUCCAAUCUUGCUAACAAUAAAUUUAAUGUAGCCACUAUUGAAGGUACUAGUGAAACAUCAGCAUUAGGAAUAUCUAAAAAGUUAUCUGAUGAGCUUUUUGCUAAAAUUCAAUCAACUUUGGAUGAAAUGGAAAACGAUGGUACCCUAAAAGCUCUUAAGUCAAAAUGGAAGAUGAAAUAG